AUGUCAUCCGCAGGAUGGAACAAAGUGUUGUGGGAAAGGCAGCCUUUUCCUGACAAUUACAUUCAUCCUCACUCUUUCCUCUCCUCCUUGAGGCGGAACCCUAACUUCAAGCCGUACACCUAUUGGCCACUAGUACUGCUAUGCUGUGCGAUCACGCAGCACUUAGCGACAAUCUUCACAUUCCUCGCAGUAUUUGUGAGGCUCAAGGAACGCUGGCUUGAUGCCCGUGUAUUGCUGUGGGUCUCGAUAGUCAGUUUCUUUGGAGGACAUGCUCUGUGUGAGAUCCUCAGCUCUAAUACCGUUCGCGGCGCCUCAACCGGCUCGAAAACGAUCAAAUCGUCCCUUCUUGUUUUCCUUGCUUUGAUGGGAUUAUCACCUGUGUUGCGAACUUUGACUGCAGCAACGUCCUCGGACUCCAUUUGGGCGCUUUCGGCAUGUCUCUUCCUUCUUAACGCGUUGCUCGCCGAUUAUAGCUCCAUGAAACCAGUCACGCAAGAAAGACUGACGUCCGUACUGUCCAUGAAUGCCGCGAUCUCGUCAUCGGUUGUUUUGGCCUCGCGACUGCCUGACGAUUUAGCCGUCUUUUCUCUUGUCCUAUUUGCUGUGCAAUUGUUCGCUCUUUUCCCGAUGCUGCGUCACCGGCUUCAGGUUACACCGCAAGUCGUACAGAUCCUCUUCACACUCAUCCUUUGUGUACUAUCGUUUGUUCUAACGGUGCCUUUAUCCGUAUCUGUUGCCUCCAUCUAUGCAUGUAUUUUGAUCACGGUAACCUUCGUUGCUCCGGGAGUUCUGGUCUGGGCACAGAAAUACAAAAAUGAGAUAAGAGGACCGUGGGAUGUCGCAGUUCCAAGGCUUAAUUGA